GGACAAAUCGCCCCGGGCGCCUGGCGAGGAGCUAGGAGUGCCGAAGCCGCUGGGCACCACUGCCCCGUCGUCACUUUCUCCGCCGCACGUCCGGCCGGACAGGACCAGGCGGGUGGGGGACAGUCGGCCGUGCAUUCAAAACCCCGGCACUUUGCCACCGCACCGCUGGGGCUACGGAGCGGCAAAUUCCUGCCGCUUGGGUUGGGCCAGACAAGGACAGCACCCUCCUCCGCUGGGACAUGGAGUUACUGUCGCCGCCGCUCCGAGACGUAGACUUGACCGGCCCGGACGGCUCUCUCUGUUCCUUUGCGACAGCUGAUGACUUCUAUGACGACCCGUGUUUCGACUCCCCGGACCUGCGCUUUUUCGAGGACCUGGACCCGCGCCUGGUGCACGUGGGCGCGCUCCUGAAGCCCGAGGAGCACUCGCACUUCCCCGCAGCCGUGCACCCAGCCUCGGGCGCGCGCGAGGACGAACAUGUGCGCGCACCCAGCGGGCACCACCAGGCGGGCCGCUGUCUUCUGUGGGCCUGCAAGGCGUGCAAGCGCAAGACCACUAACGCGGAUCGCCGCAAGGCGGCCACCAUGCGCGAGCGCCGCCGCCUGAGCAAGGUGAACGAGGCUUUCGAGACGCUGAAGCGCUGCACGUCCAGCAACCCGAACCAGCGGCUGCCCAAGGUGGAGAUCCUGCGCAACGCCAUCCGCUACAUCGAGGGCCUGCAGGCUUUGCUGCGCGACCAGGACGCCGCGCCCCCUGGCGCCGCCGCCUUCUACGCGCCGGGUCCGUUGCCCCCAGGCCGCGGAGGCGAGCAUUACAGCGGCGACUCGGAGGCGUCCAGCCCGCGCUCCAACUGCUCCGACGGCAUGAUGGACUACAGCGGCCCCCCGAGUGGCGCCCGGCGGCGGAACUGCUACGACGGUGCCUAUUACAGCGAGACGCCCAGUGAACCCAGGCCCGGGAAGGGGACCGCGGUGUCGAGCCUCGACUGCCUGUCCAGCAUCGUCGAGCGGAUCUCCACGGAGAGCCCAGCUGCGCCUGAGCUCCUGCAACCCGACGCCCCGCCAGAGUCGCCUCUGAGCCAGCAAGAAGCGUCCGCUCCCAAUGAAGGCGAGCUGCGCACCCCCACCCCUUCCCCGGACGCCACCUUGCAGUGUCCUGCGGGCGCGAAUCCCAACCCAAUCUACCAGGUGCUUUGAGGGGCGUGAUGCCCUCACGAGGGAUGGUGCCCUAGGGUCCCUCGAGCCCAAAAGGUUGAGCUUAAAUGCCACUCCUCCCAAUCGCGCUUUAAAAGCGACCCCUCCUGGGGCGGGAGAGGCGGGUCAUCUGCAAAGCGUUCCGACCCCCAUCCCGCCCGGGACCCAGCGCAAGGACGCUGCCCAUUUUUCCACGUGGCACCUUUUCCUGACACUCACGCAAUGGCUGUCUGGGAUUUCUCGGCGAGGCACGGCUGCCCUGCCGGGGUCAGGCCCUUCCUUUAUCCUUGAUGCCUUCAGCAAGGGGGCUGAGACCCUCGCAAACCUACGCCCCCUACCCCCACUACCCCCAACGAGCCCCGGUUAGUUUUUAGGGGCUUGGCCCCUAACCUUCCGGAGCCCUCGCGACAUCCAUUUCCCCCCACCGCCUGAGAGGCGCGCUCCAGUCCCCAGUGGGACAGCUGUAACUGUACCCCUCCCACCCUGUCCCGUCCCGCGGUUCAGGACCACUUUUUGUAAUACUUUUUGUAAUCUAUUCCUGUAAAUAAGAGUUGCUUUGCCAGAGCAGGAGCCCCUAGGGCUAUAUUUAUCUCUAAGGCAUGGUGUGUGGUGCAACAGGGACUUUGUAUGUUUUUAUGGCAGGUGCGCGAGCCGCGGGCGUUCGCUCGCUCAGGUGUUGGAAAUAAAGACGCUAAUUUAUA